CCUGGACCAAUCGUGUGGCUCGGAGACCGGUGCGCAGCCCACUUCCAGCUCACAGGUCCGCAUCAGGACCGCUUCUGCGUCAUGGAUAUAGCCGCCCAACAGCGGCCAGCGGCCCAGUCCUGCAAGUUCGCCGCCGCUCCAGACCACGACCACGAUGCUGCUGGGAACGAUCCUGCCAUACGACAUUGAGCUCGCCAUUAUCGCGCUGCUGCCGCUCGAGUCGCUCCUCAAGCUCAAGGCCACCUGCCGUCGACAUUACCACUCCACCAACUUCGAGAAGGGCUCUCUCAACGACCACAUCCUGCAGCACAGCCUUCGUCAGGCACCCACCAUCCCGCUGCUCUGGGCCGUCGACAUCCACAGCGGGGUCCUGUGUCACCUCCUGCUCACCGCCGGGGUCUCGGAGCACUUUCCCCAGGUCGUUGUGGACGAAUACAACCUGGUGCUGACCCUGGAGCAUGCCAUCUGGAAGCGCAGCGCGCGGGUCUUUGAGGCCGUCUGCACCAGCGAGCGCUUUGCCCAGGAGGUAACAUGUGCGCAACUGUCGCCGCUGCUGGACCGGCUGCUGGCUGCGAACCUGCCCGAUGCCGAGGGUUGCGUUCGGGGCCUGUUGCGUGCCUGCGAGCUCAAGCGUAUAUCGCCCCGACCGCGAGCUUGCAGCAUGCCUCAGCCAUCGCUGUCGUUGGUACCGGCGCCAAUGGUGGUCCUGGAAACGCCCGAGUUCCCGGCGGCUUCUGGGAACGAGCCGAACGACUCGGAAGCCGGCGGCGUCGAUGAGAUUCCCACGGGCCUGAUCCCGAUCGCAAUGGCACCAGGCAGCAGCAGUGCGAUGCAGCAGCAACAGGAGCAACAGUCACCAGCACCACCACCAGCACCACAGCAAACCGAGAUUGUUGUUGCCACAAACGUGCCACCUCUUCCUCCGUAUCCGCCUCAUGACCAGCCGGCCGAAGAAUAUGCAGGAUCGAUGCAUGCUCUGCUGUCCCCAUCGACCGCCUCAUCGGUGCAUCUUUCACCACCGACAACACCUCCCCCAUCGCCGCAGAUAGAUCAUCACGAUAUUCACCAAGACACCGACAAGAGCGACCUGGCGGAUUGCACCGAGUUCGAGAUCGAGAGCGACAACGCUUACCCUGUUCGCCAUCACCAGCACGACCUCUGCAACGGACACAUGGCCGCGAUCAAGGAGGCCGCCAUGCGUUUCGACUGGCAAACGGCACACCUCAUCUUCCACCAUCUUGACAUGAUUGAGUGCUCCGGUUGCAGCUAUGGUUGCAGCUGCGGUUCAUAUUGCUGUUCCUCUUGUUCCCCGUUGCCACCUUUGUCGCCCAUGGCCGCCGCGGCUACUGUCGGCAAAACUCGAGGACUCGGUCGCAAUGGCUUUGGCGUUGGUGGUGGUGGUGGAUACUUGGUUCUGUGGCGACAGACAGCACGCUCCGGCAUCUUGCUCUGGAAUGGUCUCUUUGGAUGGCCGCUGCGGAUCAUGACUUGUUGCCUUGGAUGCACCGGGAUCCUGCUGCGGCGGACACAGAGCUGGCUCGGAGGCAUGCUCCGGAGAAUGACACGACGCAUGUUCCUGCAGCCCGCGACAUAUUACCUAAACCUGCGGCUGAUUGGCUAAAGAGCCGGCAGAUUUGUGACGAGCAUGCAUCCCGACCGGGUGCAGCCGGAUGAGCAGCUCUUUCUGCAUGUGAAGGAGGUCAAUAUAGCUGCCAUCGCAUAGACAAUGCCGCGACC